AUGCUGUCCUACCAGGCCCGCAUAACGGUCGAUAUGUUUGCCGUCGCUAUAGAUGAGCGCGAGGCGUCGCUGUUGCACGGGACGCUAGACCCCGUGUCUGCCCGUAUUGGGUCAAAACUGCUGAGUUGCCUAUUGAGGUGGGCUACUGUCUGCCACAAACGAACAAUGGCGUAUCGGGCCGGCAUUUCUCGAUGGUCAGGUGUCGCGGGGUAA